UGAUAUGGAGGCUUGAUUUGUUAAUUAUCAAUUUCGUCGUCGUCGAAGAGCUUUGUGCUCCCUCUCGCUCUCUGCGUCUUGUGGCAGUGUUUGGUUGCUGAGAAAGGAGGGGAAAAUCGAAAGAAAAAUUUCAAGCCCGUGGCAUUCAUUGUUAAGUGUUCGUCUUUAUAAACGGAAGUCAAAGCCAACCUUGUUGUACAUUUCAAAUUUACUGACUAGAGAGGUUCACAUUCUUCAGGUUUUGUCAGAAAGUGCUGCAAAUGGCAACAGCUACAUACCCGCCACCACCGCCUUAUUACAGGCUCUACAAAGAUUAUCUUCAAGACCCUAAAUCUGCUCCGGAGCCUCCUCCUCCAAUUGAAGGGACAUACGUUUGUUUUGGUGGAAAUUACACUACUGAUGACGUGCUUCCGAGCUUGGAAGAGCAGGGUGUGAGACAGCUGUACCCAAAAGGACCAAAUGUUGAUUACAAGAAGGAACUGAGGUCUCUUAACAGGGAAUUACAGCUUCAUAUUUUGGAACUAGCUGAUGUUCUUGUUCAGAGACCAUCACAAUAUGCUAGGAGAGUGGAGGACAUAUCUCUUAUAUUCAAAAACUUACAUCACCUUCUUAAUUCAUUACGGCCUCAUCAGGCUAGAGCAACUAUUAUUCACAUUCUAGAACUCCAGAUACAGCGCCGUAAACAAGCUGUUGAGGAUAUAAAGAGGAGAAGAGAAGAGGCACAAAGACUUCUCAAGGAGUCUCUGGGAGCUUUGGAUGCACAUUAAUUUCAUACUUGGUGUCGAAAUUGGGAAGGCUUGCGUGGUUCAGCUGCUGUUGGAUUUUGUUUCUGUUUUUGCUUCUCCUUUUUUUUUUUUUUUUUUUUUUUUUUUGUAACCCGGGGUUCUCUUUUGUGUCUUUCAAUGCUAAUUUAGAAAGGGAAAAAAUCAUCCUUGACACCUACCGUGUCUAUUAUUUUGUACGAAUUUUAAAGGUAAUGUGAGGAAGGUCUUAAUUUUUUA